UACAUUAGGAAAGAUUAUUGGCAGGUAACUUGUCUCAUCAGUCGUUUUGAUUUGGGAAAGAUAAUAUAUCUUGCUACUUUGUCUUCUUCCAACCGAUCCAUACGCAAAAUCUAUCGUCCUUGCCCAACAGCGCCACCUUGGUAGUCUGCUACUAGCUGCGCCAUGUCUUCCUCCUCCGUGCAAACCUCUCCCUCGCCCUCGCAUGAAGUCGACGCCGAAACUGACGAGGAACUCUACAAGCAGUUCACCGACUCGGUGUCCUCCUGGCCGAGCUCAGAACCCAUGCCCUUCCUCCCGCUCUACCGCCACGACAAAGGCUGGUACAGUAGCCUCAUGCCUAUGGUCGGUGCGAUGGUCGCCGACGCGCGGUUCGCCGCGCGCCCCUCCGACAUCAUCGUCGCCACCUUGCCCAAGUCCGGCACGACGUGGAUCAAGGCGCUCCUCUACGCCACGGUGCACCGGAGGGAGCACCCCGCCGACGCCGCCGCCGACCACCCUUUCAACUCCCUCGGCCCCCACGAGUGCGUCAACUUCCUCGAGUACCAGCUCUACACCAACAACAGAGUCCCGGACCUGGGCAGGCUGCCGGACCCGAGGCUGUUCGCGACGCACGUCCCGUUCACGUCGCUGCCGAGCGCCGCCGCGGCGUCGGGCUGCAAGGUCGUGUACGUGUGCCGCGACCCCAAGGACAACCUGAUCUCGAUGUGGGACUUCGCCAACAAGUUCAGGGCCCGUGAGGGGCAGGAGCCCAUGUCGCCGGAGGCCAUCGCCGAGCUGUUCUGCCUCGGCGUGUCGCCGUCCGGGCCGUACUGGGACCACGUCCUCGGCUACUGGGGCGCGCACGUGGCGCGCCCCGAGCAGGUCCUCUUCUUCAGGUACGAGGAGAUGAAGCUCGACGCCGCGGCGCACGUCCGGAGGCUGGCGGAGUUCGUCGGCCUGCCGUUCAGCGCGGAGGAGGAGGAAGGUGGCGUGGUGGACGCCAUCGUCAGGCUGUGCUCGUUCGAUCACAUGAUCGGCCUGGAGGCGACCAAGAGCGGCAAGACGGAGCUCGUGGUCGGCACGGCGGCGAAUAGCUCAUUCUUCCGUCGCGGGCAGGUCGGGGACUGGGCGAACCAUCUUUCGCCGGAGAUUGCACAGCGGAUCGACGCCAUAACCGAGGCCAGGUUCAAUGGUUCCGGUCUCAGGCCAAGUGGCACUAAAUGAUAUAUACCUGAUACCUCCCGUUGAAGUGGGCUAAGGUGAAAUGCAACCUUCAAGCUUAGCGUCAGUACGUACUUCUAUAAUCUAUUUACUCCCUUCGUUUCUUUACCUGUACCCUUACAAAUUAAGCAUUGACUGAUUCCCUUUGCCAAUAAAUCUGUAAAAAUUUACUAUCUCUUUCAUAUUAUAAAUUAUUUGAUUUUUUUUAUUA